UAGAAAAUGGCGGAUGCAAUUUCUCAGGAGGAGGACUCUUUCACAUGUCCAGUGUGUCUGGAUCUGCUGAAGAAGACUAUUCCCUGUGGACAUAACUUCUGUAUUAGGUGCAUUAAGAGCUGCUGGGAUCAGGAGGACCAGAAAGGAGUCUACAGCUGCCCCCUGUGCAAACACACCUUCACUCCCAGACCUGUCCUCUACAAAAACCCUCUGAUUGCUGAAAUGGUGGAGAAAUGUAGGAGGACCAGAAUCCAAGCUGCUCCUCACAAUUAUGCUGGACCUGGAGAUGUGGAGUGUGACGUCUGCACUGGGAGAAAACUCAAAGCUGUGAAGUCCUGUCUGGAGUGUCUGGUGUCUUACUGUGAAACUCACUAUAAAGCUCACAAUGACCUACAUCCAGGAAGAACACACUCAGUGGUUGAUGCCACAGGCCAGCUACAGGAGAGGAUCUGCUCUCGUCACAACAAGGUUCUUGAGAUAUUUUGUCGUACCGAUCAGAGUUGUAUCUGCCUUAUGUGCACAAUGGACGGCCAUAAAGGCCACGACACAGUCACAGCUGCUGUAGAAUGGACUGACCAACAGAAGCAGUUGGGGCAGACCCAGAGGAGAUUCCAGCAGAGGAUCCAGGAGAGAAAGAAGGAGCUGCUGGAGCUGAGGAAGGCUGUGGAGACUCUCAAGAGCUCUGCACAGACAGCAGUGGAGGACAGUGAGAGCAUCUUCACUGAGAUGAUCCGCUCCAUUGAGAGAAGGCGCUCUGAGGUGAAACAGCUGAUCAGAGCUCAAGAGAAGGCUGAGGUGAGUCGGGCUGAAGGACUCCUGAAGAAAAUGGAGCAGGAAAUUGCUGAGCUGAAGAGGAGAGAUGCUGAGCUGGAGCAGCGUUUGCACACAAAAGAUCACAUCCGUUUCCUCAAGAAUAUCCCAUCAAUCAGAGAGUCUCCUCACUCUAAAGACUUACCCAGAAUGACCUUCAACCAGAGUUUCUCUUUGGAGGCUGUGAAGGAAUCUGUCUCUGCAGUGAAGGUGCAGCUGGAGGAGAAACUGGAUGGCAUCUUCAAGCAGGAAGUAGCCAAGAUAUCUGCAGCAGUGACACAUUUCCAGAUCAUCCGGUCUUUAGAAUGUACUGAUCCUAAAUUCCCAGCCAGAAGAACUGACAGUAAGAAAGAUGUUCCACCAAGCAAUUGCUGUCACUGGACACUGGACCCAAACACAGCACACAGAAACCUCCAUCUGUCUGAGGGGAACAGGAGGGUGGAGUGGAGAGCUGAGCUCCAGUCCUAUCCUGAUCGUCCAGAGAGAUUUGAUUGGUGGGAACAGGUGCUGUGUAGUGAGGGUGUGUCUGGACGCUGCUACUGGGAGGUGGAGUGGAGUGGGGUGGUUAAUGUAGUAGUCUCCUAUAAAAGCAUCAGCAGGAAAGGGAAGGGUGAUGAGUGUAGGUUUGGACGUAAUGGUCAGUCCUGGAGUCUGGACCUCCGCAGCUACGGCUCCUUUUUGAAGCACAAUAAUAAACACACUGAACUCCCUCCCGUGCACAGUUCCAGAAUAGGAGUGUAUGUGGAUCACAGGGCAGGAACUCUGGCCUUCUACAGCGUCUCUGACACAAUGACCCUCCUGCACAGAGUCCAGACCACAUUCACUGACACACUCUACCCUGGGUUUUAUGUAUAUUCUAAAUCAUCAAUGAAGUUAUUGUGA